AUGAGUGACGCCCAGGCGAACGAGGCUGAGAAGAAUAUCGAGAUCUGGAAGGUCAAGAAGCUGAUCAAGCGCCUGGAGGCCGCACGAGGCAAUGGAACAUCCAUGAUUUCGCUCAUCAUUCCACCAAAGGAUCAAGUCUCGCGAGCGGCAAAGAUGUUGGCUGAAGAAUACGGUACCGCUUCGAACAUUAAGUCUCGUGUUAAUCGUCAAUCCGUCUUGUCUGCCAUCACAUCCACCCAGCAAAGGCUCAAGCUGUACAACAAAGUUCCCACCAAUGGCUUAGUUGUCUACUGCGGUGAAAUUCUGACCUCCGAGGGCAAGGAAAGAAGGGUCAACAUCGACUUUGAGCCCUUCAAGCCCAUCAAUACCUCCCUCUACCUUUGCGACAACAAAUUUCAUACCGAGGCCCUCGCUGAGCUUCUCGAGUCGGACCAGAAAUUUGGCUUCAUCAUCAUGGAUGGUAACGGAGCUCUCUUUGGUACUCUGAGUGGAAACACCCGCGAUGUUAUCCACAAGUUUUCCGUCGAUCUUCCCAAAAAGCACGGUCGUGGUGGACAAUCUGCUCUUCGUUUUGCCCGUCUCCGUGAAGAGAAGCGCCACAACUAUGUUCGUAAAGUCGCCGAACUGGCAGUACAGAACUUUAUCACCGCUGACAAGGUCAACGUUGCUGGCAUUAUCCUCGCUGGUUCCGCCGACUUCAAGAACGACUUGAAUCAAUCAGAUCUCUUUGACAACCGUCUUGUGACAAAAGUCAUCAAGGUUGUUGACGUCUCCUACGGUGGAGAGAACGGUUUCAACCAAGCCAUCGAGCUCUCUUCCGAGACUCUCAGCAACGUCAAAUUCAUUCAGGAGAAGAAACUGAUUGGAAAGUACUUCGAGGAGAUCAGUCAGGAUUCUGGCCGCAUCUGUUAUGGUAUCGAAGAUACUUUGAAAGCUCUCGAACUCGGAGCUGUCGAGGUUUUGAUCGUCUUUGAGAACCUCGAGAUCAACCGAUGGACUCUUAAGGAUAACAAUGGAUCCAUAAUCACUCUCCACACCACCAAGCAGUCCGAAGCCGCCAAUCGUGAGCAAUUCAUGGACCGUGAGACCGGCCAGGAAAUGGAAGUAGUAUCCCAAGAGUCUUUCUUGGAAUGGAUCGCAGAGAAAUACAAGGACUUCGGUACCAACCUUGAGUUUGUAUCCGACCGUUCCAGCGAGGGCAACCAAUUCGUCAAGGGAUUUGGUGGAAUUGGUGGACUUCUCCGCUACAAGGUCAACUUUGAACAGUUGGCUGAAGUCGACGACGAUGAUGACUACUAUGACGAUUGA